AUGGAUACUAGCGAGCUGUUGAGAUCUGAUUCUGCUUCAUUGUCCGAAUUUGAAAUCAUUGACGAUAAUGGGAUUCUGAGCGAAUCUGAUAACGGAGGUUUCCCAAGCAGAAAAUCUUCGGUAUCGGACAAAAAUGAAAAAGAGAUUGUGCACGGACUGCUGAUAGAAAACGUAACGGUUACCGAUCAAAGGCAACACCUCUCAAAGGAUGAAGAACUGCAUAAGGAAUCAUUGGAUUCGGAGAGUGUUUCUCCCGGAGGAAUUUCUUCGGUUUUGGUUCUUGAAAACUUCCAAACGAUUGAUGACAACGGAAAACUGAAUAUUGAUACAACCUCUUUGAGAAACUUUUUGAAGACUUGCGAAGAGCCGAAUACAGAAAAAAUGUUGGUUAUGGCCAACUGGAUCGACAAAUUGCACAUUGAAAACAAAGAAUUGCAAAUAAUAAUCGAUACUCAAAGUGCGCAGGGAGAUGGUCAAGUCAAGAAAAUGAGUCGAUCGGCUUCUGUUGUAUCCGUGGCAUCGACGUGUUGGGGAGUUCCGGAUAUGGAAGCAUUUCGAAAUCAACAACCAUAUAUAGAAAAAAUGGAACUGCAUUCCUGUCUCGUACGGGAAGCAGAACAAGAAGAACUGAGAGAACUUGAAGGUUCAGGACAGAUGACAGAUAAAAUUAGAUUGGAUCUCCAUAACGUUAAAUAUCGUUUCCGGUACCAACUCGAAGAUUGGAACAUGUUUGACCGCGUCCAGUUUGAAGAAGAUCGAGCAGAAAGUAAAAAGAAGAGACUGAGCACAAAUACAAGAGAUAGAUCACCAUGGCAAGUACGCCGUCCAUAUAACUACAACUACGGAAACGAGAGGCCAACUGAACGAAGAUCACCUUCACAUAUGAAUCGCCAUUUCAAUUCCCGCGAAGAAUACGAUACAAAUGCGAGGGCUAGAUCAUCAUUGCCAUUAUAUCGUUCAACCAACGAUCGCUAUGAAAGUGCUAGAAAAGCACGAUCAUCAUUGUCAGACUACCGUUCAAACAAUAACCGUUAUGAAAGUGAGAGACAAGCAGAUACACGACCAUCAUCGCCAGACUGCGAUUCAUAUAAUCACCGUUAUGAAACUGCUCCAAGAAAUGAGGAGAGACCACGAUCGCCACCCUACCGUCCAUAUCCUAAUCUCCGUGAGAAUGACGGACAUUCUCAGCAAACGCUACCAGCAAGACAGGAUGUAGAUAUUUACCUCAGAGAGUCUGCAAGAGGGCAACGAUGGAUUGUGAGCAGAGAUUAUUCCCAUACCAACGACAGAAGAUGUGUAUACUGUGGCAGCAGACACGAACACGACCAGUGUCCGAAUACUGUUAGCUUCAUCGAGCGCUUAUGCCAUCUCGUCUCUUCAGGGAAAUGCACAAUUUGCUUGAAAACUCGUUGCAAUUGCAGUGGUGAUCCUUAUCGUUGUAAAUACUGUCGAAACUUUACCGAUGGACUUCACCAUGAAUCAUUGUGUCCAUAUGUUAGGAACGUUUUCAGCAAUGGUUACCAUAAUUAA